AGCUCAUCCUUGCAGACGAAGAUGGCGCCCAUUGCUUCUUCGAUUCAAGAGCGUUUCAUUUCUCGUCUAGCCGUCACUUCUCACCGGAACAUUUUACCGCCAAAUGCCACGCAUCUCUCUUUUCAAUCUUCUAUUCAAGUUCUGGGGUUCCGUGCUCAAAUUGUGACGGAGAGGAAGGGUCGGUCGUCGUUUCUGCGAACGGCUGCCGUUCGCCUUUUGGUCGGGUCCGUUACCAGGACCGAAGGCCUUCGAUUCGCCUUGGCUAGUCUUCCCUAGCUGUUUAUGCAAUUUCACUUCCUUUUCUGAAAUCUUUUGCAUUCGAUUUCAGAAAUCUACUUUGCCACAGUUAAAUUGGCCUUUUGACAUUUUUGAAUUGGUCAGUUGUGUUGUUAACUGCUGUGAAUUGAUGCAUUUCUUGUAGAAGUUGGUUGUUGUUGUGGAUUGAUAAGUUGUGCUUAUUUCUGAUUUUUAUACGUAAAUUAUGGCAUACCAGUUGGCUUUAAGUAUGAGAAUUUAUUGGAAUUUUGAUGAAGGUUGAGGCACGGUUCAAUGAGAUUGUGACAAAGCAGCUCUUGGAGGGGAGCUGUAGACACCUUCAAGAAGCACUUAGUCAGAGAAGAAGACAUUGAUAUGCGAAACUACCCUGUUUAACCUUUUCUAAUAGUGUUAUAAUGGUUACGAAGUAUGUAUAUGAGUUUGUUUGCUAAUUUUGAGGUUACUACUGUGUGCAUCGACAUAGUAACACAUAAUUGUGGCCAACUGCUGAAUCUUAAUUUUUGAGAUUUUGAGAUCAUUUUCUUGGUUCUCUUCAUCAGGUUGUCUGGGUUCCUGGUAGUUUUGAAAUUGGUAUUGUUGCAGAAAAGCUCGGGAAGUCUGGAAAGUAUCAUGCAAUAUUAUGCAUUGGGGCUGUGGUAUGAUUUCUCUUGCAAUUCCUGUUGAAGUUUUGUCAUAUAAGUUUUGAAUCUGGUCACUGUGAGAUACUUUCUAUUCCUCUGGUAACUAUAUGCUUGCUUGCUGGUCUGCCAUAAUCUUUGACCCUUUUAUUGUAAAUAGAUAAGAGGUGAUACAACUCACUAUGAUGAUGUUGCUAAUUCUGCAGCAUCUGGGGUGCUUUUUGCUGGGUUAAAGUCAGGUUGGAAUUCAUGUUUAACAAUUGUUCUUUGAAUUAGUUUCUCUCUCUCUGCAAUGUUAAUAAGGAAAUUGUUGUGUA